ACUCUAUGCCUGGGACCACAGUGCUGACUGGGACCCUCCCUAAGCCUGUACUCAGAGCACAACCAGAACUUGUGGUCUCCAAACAGACUAAUGUGACCUUCUUGUGUGAGGGUACAACAGGAGCCAAAGAGUACUAUAUCUACAAAGAAGGAAGUCAAUAUACACAGUUCACAGAGAUUGUCCUAAAGUCUGGGAAUAAGGCUCAAUUCUCCAUCACUAAAACUGACCAGCACCAUGCAGGAAGAUAUCAAUGUCGCUAUCGGACCCAUCAUGAAUGGUCUGAGUACAGUGACUCCUUGGAGCUUGUGGUGACAGGAGCACACAAUAAACCCAGCCUGUCAGCCCAGCCCAGCCCUGUGGUGACUGAAGGAGGGAAUGUCACCCUCCAAUGUGACUCAUGGCAGCAAUGUGACAGGUUCAUUCUGACUAAGGAAGGACCACAGAAGCUCUCCUGGAUUCUGGACUCACAGUAUAAUUCCUCAACUGGACGAUUCCAGGCUCUAUUCUCUGUGGGCUCUGUGAACUCCAGUCAAAGAUGGACAUUCCAAUGCUACAGUAAUAACCUAAGCGUACCACUGGUGUGGUCAGAACCUAGUGAUCCCCUGGAGCUCCUGUUCUCAGGGACCGUCCACAAACCCACCAUCAAGGCUGAGCCAGGCUCUGUGAUUGCCUCUAGAAGUGCAGUGACCAUCUGGUGUCAGGGGACCCUGGAUACAGAAAUAUGUGUUCUGCAUAAAGAGGGGAGCCCAGAAUACUGGGGCACACAGACACCAGAGAAGCCUGAGAACAAGGCCAAGUUCUCCAUCCCUUCUGUGACACAGCAACAUGGGGGACAAUAUCGCUGUUACUGUUACAGCUCAGCUGGCUGGUCAGAGCGCAGUGACACCCUGGAGAUUGUGGUGACAGGAAUCCACACAUACAAACCAAGCCUGUUAGCUCUGCCAGGCCCUGUGGCAACCUUAGGCGAAAACAUGACUCUCCAAUGUGUUUCAUUGAAGGCAUAUGACAAGUUUAUUCUCUCCAAAGAAGAUGAGAAGUUCUCCAGCUCCCUGGAUUCACAGUAUAUACACCAUAAUGGGCACUACCAAGCCAUGUUCUCUAUAGGUCCCGUGACCCCAGUACACAGAGGGACAUUCAGAUGUUAUGGUUACUACACGGUUACCCCACAGUUCUGGUCACUACCCAGUGACCCUGUGGAAAUACACAUCUCAGGGCUGUCUAAGACACUCUCUCUGUUAAGUCUCCAAGGCCAUAUCCUGGACCCUGGAAAGAGUCUCACACUGCAGUGUUGCUCUGACAUCAACUAUGACAGAUAUGCUCUGUACAAGGUGGGCACAAUUAACUUCACCCAGCAUCAUCACAAAUGGACCCAGGCUGGUCUCUCCUUGGCCAACUUCACACUGGGCUCUGUGAACAGUUCUACUGGAGGCCAAUACAUAUGCUAUGGUGCACACAACCUCUCCUCUGAGUGGUCAGCCUCCAGUGACACCUUGGACAUUCUGAUCUCAGGACAGCUUCCCUUCACUCCUUUCCUCUCAGUGAAGCCUAACUCCACAGUACAUCCAGGAGAUAAUGUGACCCUUCUGUGUUGGUCAAGAGAAAGAGUGAACACUUUCAUUCUGUACAAGGAGGAGGCAGUUCAUCAACCCCAGCGACUAAAAUCAAAGUUCCAAGAUCAACACUUCCAGGCAGAAUUCUCCAUGAGUGCUGUGACCUCUGCCAUUUCGGGAAGCUACAGGUGCUAUGGUUCUCAAAACUCAUCACCAUUCCUGUUGUCAUAUGCCAGUGCCCCUGUGGAGCUCACUGUCUCAGGACCCUCAAUGCCCAUGACAAGAGCUGGACUGGAAACGUACCUGCAGGCUCUGAUUGCAGCAUGUGUGGUCUUCCUCCUGUUCCUCUUCAUCCUCAUCUUCCUCCUCUGGCAAAGGAAACAGGGCAAAUGCAGGAAAGAUGCCCAGAAAGAGACAGAAUUGCAACUUCCUGCAGGAGCUGUGGAGCCAGUAACCAGGAACAGAGGCCCCCAGAAGAGAUCCAACCCAGCUGCUGCCACCCAGGAAGAAAUCAUUUAUGAUUCAGUGGAGAAAAUGCAGCCUGAGCAUGGUGUGGAGCUGGACCGAUGGGUGAGAUCCCUGUCUCUAUUGGCAGUGCUAAGGACUUAGGGCCCAGAUUAGUCCAGGAGUCCUUAUUUGUUCUUCCCCGCCAAGCCCUCAGCAAACCCACAGGUGACAACUCCCUUCUGCAAACAACAUCUGCCUCCGAUGUGCUCUGGCCUCACUCUCCCUUGGUUUCCUGGGACCAUCUGCUUCAUACCUCAGGUCACCUCUUCGGCUGCUCAGCAUCAGUCUGGUUGUUAAUAUGCACCUAGGAACUCAGAGGUCACAGGACUAAGUAAUCCAGAUCCCCCCAAUACCCACAUUCACUGACACAGCUUCACAAGAAAGCCCCUCCUUACCGCUCCCUGCAUAGAUCCGAGUUAGAGAAAAGAGCACUCUCCCUCAUCACCUUCAAUCAACAUGGUAAUAAAUGCAGUGUGCAGUGCCAAGUGUUUGGGGAAACCAAACAGAAGAAGUGGGUGGAGUACGUGGGAACAGAGGGCCAGUGUGAAGUACAAGGGAGGGCUCUGAAAUGUGUCUUUUGAGGAGGAAACCCACAUGGACAAGACCACA